GCCAAGCCUGAGGGCCAAGACGUGGCGCAGCGGCCGGGUGGUUUCUCCGGCAGCCUGCGGAUCCACUCACUGCCGGCCAGGUACCAAUGAACCUCCUGCUGCUGCUGCCGCCGCCUCUGCUACUGCUUCUCGCGGCUCUUGUGGCUCCAGCCACUGCCGCCACCAGCUACCGGCCGGACUGGAAUCGCCUUCAAGGCCUGGCCCGGGCCCGGGUGGAGACCUGUGGAGGAUGACAGCUGAAUCGCCUAAAGGAGGUGAAGGCCUUCGUCACCCAGGACAUUCCACUCUACCACAACCUGGUGAUGAAACACCUCCCUGGGGCAGACCCUGAGCUCGUGCUGUUGGAUCGACGCUUCGCGGAGCUAGAGCGCAUCCCACUUAGCGAAAUGACCCGCGAGGAGAUCAACGCGCUGGUGCAGGAGCUCGGCUUCUACCGCAAGUCGUCGCCGGACGCGCAGGUGCCCCCCGAGUACGUGUGGGCGCCGGCUAAGGCCCCCCAGGAGGCUUCGGACCGCGCCGAUCUGUAGUGGAGUCCCGAGCCACGGCGAGCUAGGACCAACCCUGCCUGAGCCCCGGAGACAGAAUGAAGCGCUCAGCAUCCCGGGAGCAGCUCCUUUGCUGAGGGCCGACGCUGGGUCCCCGAGCCGGGCAGGAACGGGGUUGGGGAGCUUCCUCCCGCUUCCCGUCUCUCCGUCUCCCCCCC